AUGCUGGGUCCACGCGCAAUCCGCACAGCCAGGUCAGCGACCUCGUUGCUACGACCGUUUAGUUCAUCGGCCAUGGCCUACCGUUCCCCCUCCAUUCGAGACGUCACACCUCAGUCGACUGAGGAGUUCCUCAGACGACAGAAGGAAUUCCGCGAGAACCUGGAACAGGCUCGUGUGAGAAAAGAACAGCAAGAGAGUCAGUCUGUCAAUGCUUCUGCCUCUUCUUCUUCUUCUUCUACCCCUUCCCGUGAGUACGCUCCCACUGCUCCACAAGUGAGCAAUGCGAGCAGUCAUGAUUAUAUCCACACUUUCGAUGCUGCUACGCCACUUGAUCACAAGGCACUGGACUCACUUUCGAUGCACCGAUAUAUAGGGGAAGAUCAUCAACAUGAAGCUGCCUCCAAAAGGGGCUCUUUUUCGUCGCUUAUCUACGGCACCAAGGAGGGCCAGCACUUUGACAAAGAUAUGGAACGCUCCUUCUCGCAGGUUCUGGCUCGCGGCAAAUACGUCCACUCCAUCGUUAUGCACGACGUCAAGCCUGACAAGGUCGACGAAUAUGUAGAAUUGGUCGGCCAGUGGUACCCUCGUAUGGCGGGCACCGAGGAGAACCGUGUCAACUUGGUCGGUAGCUGGCGCACGCAAGUGGGCGACAAUGAUACCUUUAUCCACAUCUGGGAAUACCAACGUUACGAAGGCUACCACGCCUCCCUUCACAACAUCUCGGAGCACCCAGAGUUCCGCGAGUUUGACCGCAAACUCAAGAGCUUGAUCAAGAGCAAGAAGACCUCACUCAUGCAAGAAUUCUCGUUCUGGCCCACCACCCCGCCCCGCCGUCUCGGUGGUCUAUUUGAGCUCCGAUCGUACACACUGCACCCAGGUAACCUCCUGGAGUGGGAGACCCACUGGCGCCGUGGUCUGACAGCCCGUCGUGAAGUGAUGGAGGGCGUGGGUGCUUGGUUCGUGCAGAUUGGCGACCUGAACACAGUGCACCAUCUUUGGCAGUUUGCCAACUUGGAGGAGCGCAAGAUUCGUCGUGAGGAGUCAUGGGGUGUUGAGGGUUGGGCCGAGACUGUCCACAAGACUGUUCCCUUGAUCCAGAGCAUGCAAAGCCGGAUUCUCGUUCCUAUGCCAUGGAGCCCUGUUGGCUAA